GGAGUUAGUCGGUCCCAUACCGAGUGGGCCAGCCCAGAAUGCUUGGUGGGCGGCAGAAUGACGUUGCGGACACUGGAUUUGACUGAACCGUGCUAGCCGUACGGCGUCACGGACAGCUCAUUCCGCACGGUCUCAAUUCUCCCCAUCCGCCUUCCAUGCCAUCCACCUUCAUUCUUUUAAUCACUCUUUAAUUCAGGCUUGUCUUGAUUCUCGUGGCGUUGACCGUCACCACGUCUCGGCCUCGUCGCUCCCUCUCCUCAUCCUCCGCUGAGCCAUGAGCGCUGCGCUGCGUCUGGUUCGUCCGGACGCCCUCGCGCUGAGGACCGGACUCCUUUCGAGACAAAUACAUGCCUUAAAUACUUCAAUAUUGUCUAGACGUACUUCCGGACGGCUCGCAUACCAUACCCAGCCUAAAUCCCUACGCCAAUCCCUCGCGUCGCGUGCCUUCUUCAGUCCCCAAUAUUCAGUCCGACACAAAUCCGCCGUCACUACACCAAAGGAAAAUGAGAGUCCAAAGGCAUUCCGCCUUCGGAAUAUAGUUUUUAAAACCUUUGCCUACUGUGGUUUCUUCAUUGUUAUGACGGGUGGUGCCGUGGUGGCAUUCUUCAUUUACGAUGCGACAACAUAUCGCGAACAUCCAAGCGCUGAGGAUAUCCCGGUUUCCGAACUAGCUCUUAACCCACGCCGUGGAGGACCGAAGAAUUUACCAGUUGCUGAAGUUCUGGUGGGGGACAAUGAUUCCGAUGCAAUGCAGGAACAGAGGGACAAGCCCCGGCUGGUUAUUUUAGGUACGGGCUGGGGUAGCGUUGCCCUGCUCAAACAGCUAAACCCCGGUGACUACCACGUUACCGUGGUUUCUCCGACCAACUAUUUCCUGUUCACGCCCAUGCUGCCUUCUGCGACUGUUGGUACCCUUGGGCUGAGGUCACUCGUUGAACCUGUUCGUCGUAUUGUCCAGCGUGUCAACGGACAUUUUCUUAAGGGAGAAGCUGUGGACGUUGAUUUCUCAGAAAAAUUGGUUGAAAUAACCCAACUCGACGCUCAAGGAGAUAAGCAGCAUUUCUAUCUUCCAUACGACAAGCUAGUGGUUGGCGUCGGCUGCGUUACAAAUCCUCAUGGUGUUAAGGGCCUGGAGAACUGUCAUUUCUUAAAGACGAUAGAUGACGCCCGCCGGAUCAAGAAUCAAGUGUUGGACAAUAUGGAACUCGCUUGCUUGCCUACCACUUCUGACGAAGAACGCAAACGCCUCCUAUCAUUUGUUGUCUGCGGUGGUGGACCAACUGGUGUUGAAUUCGCCUCGGAGCUCUUUGACCUUCUGAAUGAAGAUCUGCUCUAUUCUUUCCCGAAGAUAUUGAGAAAUGAGAUCUCUGUGCAUAUCAUUCAGAGUCGCAGUCACAUUCUGAACACCUACGAUGAAGCCCUCUCGAAAUUUGCCGAGUCUCGGUUUGCGCGUGAUGAUGUUGAUGUGCUGACAAACGCGAGAGUAAAAGAAGUACACUCUGACAAAGUCGUCUUCAGCCAAAUAGAGGAUGGCAAGACAAUAACCAAGGAAAUCCCUAUGGGUUUCUGUCUAUGGUCAACCGGUGUUGCUCGCGCCGACCUCUGCCAAAAGAUCUCGGACAAACUUGAAUCUCAGAACAACAAGCAUGCUUUAGAAACCGACUCCCACCUCCGUCUUAUCGGGGCACCUCUCGGGGAUGUGUACGCCAUGGGCGACUGCUCCACCGUUCAAAAUAACAUAGCUCAACAUAUCCUGUCCUUCCUCCGCACCAUCGCCUGGGAAAAGGGCAAGGACCCCAAGAAAGUCCACCUCACGUUCCGUGAAUGGCGAGAUGUCGCCUCACGAGUCAGAAAGCGUUUCCCCCAGGCCUCCAACCAUCUCCGCCGCCUUGACAGGCUCUUCGAACAAUACGACAAGGACCAUUCCGGUACUCUAGACUACGACGAACUCUCCGAACUCCUCCACCAAAUCGACACAAAACUUACUUCCUUGCCCGCAACUGCCCAACGCGCAAACCAACAGGGCGAAUAUCUCGGCCGCAAGCUUACUAAAAUUGCUGCCGCUAUGCCUGGAAUGCAGGCCAAUGAAAUCGACCACGGCGACCUCGACGAAGCGGUUUACAAAGCCUUCCACUACAAACACCUCGGUAGCCUUGCGUACAUUAGCAACGCUGCUAUUUUCGACUUUGGCGGUGUGAAUUUCGGUGGUGGUGUCCUGGCCAUGUACCUCUGGCGUAGUGUUUACUUUGCCGAGAGUGUCAGUCUGCGGACCCGGUGUAUGCUCGCCAUGGACUGGGCCAAGAGAGCGCUUUUUGGAAGAGAUCUCAUGAGCUUCUAAACGUCCUCAAAAAAGACUCAAUCAGAGAGAAUUUCAUUUUCACGUCCCUGACAUUGUGAUAUAUAGUCUUGGAUCUCCACCCUUGUAUAUCUUAUCUUUGGAUUAUAUCUGGAGCGGACGGAUAUAUCUAAAUUUGUCAUACUAUCUAGAGUUACUAUGUUUGGAGUUGAUUCUUGGUUGGAGAAAUUCAUUUUCGGAUACAUAAUCAUGCAAUGAUUAAUCUAUAGCAUUGGGCUUAUACAAUCUUUUUUUGAUCAUAUUCUCUUGACGCAGUUCAGCUAGGAGUAUAUAUAUGUGUGUGUGUUUGUCGUUCGGUCUACCUAACAAAUAUAUAUUUCCAAAUUCUAC